GUUUUGGUGAGCACGGGAACCCGUAGCUCCUACUCUGCUCCCGGGGAGUCUCCUUCUCCGAGGAGCAGGUGAUCUCCCGAGCCCAACCGCCACUUGAAGAGCAGGACCAUGGAAAGCAAACCGUUGGUAGUAUCGAAACAGAAGACGGAAGUGGUGUGCGGGGUCCCCACGCAGGUGGUCUGCACAGCUUUCAGCAGCCACAUCUUGGUGGUGGUGACCCAGUUCGGGAAGAUGGGUACCCUGGUCUCCCUGGAGCCCAGCAAUGUGGCCAACGACAUCAGCAAGCCGGUGCUCACCACAAAAGUCCUUCUCGGGCAAGAUGAGCCUCUCAUCCAUGUCUUUGCAAAGAACUUGGUAGCAUUUGUGUCUCAAGAAGCCGGAAACAGAGCUGUCCUCCUCGCCAUGGCAGUGAAGGACAAGAGCAUGGAGGGGCUGAAGGCCUUGAAGGAGGUGAUUCGGAUGUGCCAGGUGUGGUAACCUGGAGUCAGCAGCACACGCUACUCAGCAGGACCGGCUGGAUACUUGGUCCCUUUGCGGGUCUCGUAGACCAGUCCUUCAGCACAGUCAAAAGGAACAGCUUUCUCUGACUUUAGCCACAAAGAAUAUUCAUGCUUCAGGCAAACCCUCACUACUGGUGACUAUCACAGUGGUUGGCAGAAGCAGCAAGGACAUUGGGAAUGGUUCUCACUGGGCUCUGAUCCUUGCAUCUACUUGGGAAUGGCCAGCAUGAGUCGGCUGGCAUGACUCAUGGCCCCAUGGGCAGUGUCACUUGGAGGGGGAAGGUGUUUUUUAUUAAAAGUAAAUAUCCCAUGAUACUU